AGUUUUGGGGGAAGGAUGAACUGCUACAUUGAAUCAAUUACAAGUCAGUGUGCUUGAAGCGCAUUACGCAGCGCAGCCGGGACGCGGACGGACCAGCGCAUAUGGUUUAACUCAGCUCGGUGGAUUACAGCUGCAAGAAACCGUGGAUAUUUUUUCCAGGGAAGAGAGGCGCGUGAGAUAUACUUUUUAAAUUCUUCUUGUGCUUUUUUAAAUUAAGAAAAACCAUCCAAAGGAAUUCAAAGGUGUUGCAUUCGCAAAUUGGAAAGAUAUCCAUACCUGACAGCCAGCAGGGUAACUUGACGUCCAACAUCAUGGAUGCUUUGAGGACAUACCUGGCUGUUGAGAUUCUACUGCUCGGGAUGCUAUCAGGUUUCCAAACGGUAACUUCCUCUCCUCCAAAAAUCGUGUCUAAUCAGAAUGACUUUGUACUGCAGCUGCACUCUCAGUUCAAUAUUAGCUGCACCGGGAAGAGAGCUGUGGAAUGGACCGGGCCGCAGCCGCACAAGGUCCUCAACGAGCCUGGCUUUCUCACCGCAACGCUUUCCAUCCAGAACGCAACUGCGCAAAAUACCGGGUUCUUCACCUGCAACUACAGCAACCCUGGAGGCGACGCAGAGGAGGAGGUAGCAGAUAUAUACAUAUUUGUUCCAGAUCCACAAGUGCCCUUCGUUCCCGAGACCCCGUAUAACAACCACGUGAUCACGGACUCCAUGGUCAUUCCGUGUCGUGUAACCGACCCGGCGUCACACGUGGUCUUGAGGCGCGCGGACACUGGAGCUGAGCUUCCCGGGCUGUACGACAGCAAGAUGGGCUUCAUCGGUGACUUCCCGACCGGGCCCUACAUGUGUGAAACCACUGCAAACGGCGCGAAAAGCUACAGCAUCAAAUAUAUCGUAGGGGACAACAGAGAGAACACCGACUUCCAUGUGGAAUUGCGAGCCAGUCGCGUGUCUCUGCGGGAAGGAGAGCCCUUCAACAUCACGUGCGUGGCGCCGGCCAGCUCCAUUUACGACCAACGCUGGCUGCACUCCGGCAAACAGGUGGAGCAGUUUGAGCAGCUGACGCAGGAGCAUGCUCUGUACACUCUGAGUGUGCAGAAGGCCUCUCUGCAGGAUGGGGGAGAGUACCAGUGCUCUGUCACCAGUAGGCUGACAGCUGAGACCCGCAGCGAGACCGUCACUAUCAGCGUCCACCCGGAGAGGGCCAGGCUGGCGGUGGAGCACAGACUGGCAGCGGUGGAGUUUGCUCACCUGCAGGAGGAGAAGGAGCUGAGCGUGUUCAUCGAUGCGCAUCCAGCACCCACAGUCCAUUGGCUGAGGGACGCCGUCGUCAUCGACAACAGCAACCAGGCGGUGUUCAGCAAAACCAGACACAUCGGGGGGACAAGGUACCAGAGCACUCUGACUCUCACACGCCCCACAGAGGACGACAGCGGGAAUUACAGCGUCAUCGCAUCCAGCGACAGCAGCCCGCCUACCCAAAUCUCCUUCCUCCUGAGAGUCAAGACUCACAGUCAGACGCUGCAGUCCUUGUUGUCCCCGGAGAUCUUGCCCCAUGAGGAGGACAUGGUGGUGGCCCUGCACUCCUCCUUCCGGCUGACCUGCAGGGGGGAGGCAGAGGUGGUGUGGGAAACCCCCCUCCUGCAGGACCCCGCCCUGUGGGAGGGGACAGUGGAGGACAACAGCGGCCUGUUCGUCACGCCUGUCACCGUGGAGAACGCCACAGCCGCCCACACCGGCUUCUACACCUGUUACUAUGCCAACGGGAACAUGACGGAGCAGGACCUGGAGGAGAGCUCCAUCUACAUCUAUGUACCAGACCCCAAUGUUCCAUUUGUCCCUUCAAUGGUUCCGUUUGCCAACCACGUUCUGACCAAUCACGAGGAGGUGGAGAUCCAGUGCCGCGUCACAGACCCCAGUGCCAACGUGACCCUGAUCAACGCUGACACGCAGAGACCCGUGCCCUGCCAGUAUGACAGCAAGCGCGGAGCCAUCGGCCUCUUCCCCUCCGGCACCUACGUCUGCAGGGCUUCCAUCAACGGGCAGGAGCACCUGAGCGAGGAGUACAUUGUCCACGGCUGGACAGGAGGCUCGUCGGGGCUGCAGGUGGACCUCCAAGCCCCCAGGGCGGCGCUGUUAGUAGGGGAGAGUCUGGUGGUGACGUGUGUGGCACAUGGCAGUGAGAUGCUGGAGGACCACUGGAAGUACCCAGGAAAGAUGGCCCAGCGAGGAGUGAAGACUGUGCGGGAGAAUAAGAAGGAGCAGGAGAUCCGCUACACGCUCACCAUCCCACAGGCCUCCACGAAGGACAGCGGCCUGUACGCCUGCUCCAUCAAUGACAUCAUGAGCAGUGACAGCCUGACCAGGGAGAUGACCAUCACUGUGUAUGCCCGGCCGUUCGUCUCCUUGGACCCCCUGUUCGUAUGCUCACAGUUUGCCGAGCUCGACGAGGUCAAGGAGUUCACCGUCAUGGUCGACGCUUUCCCCGCCCCCCAGGUCACCUGGUUAAAGGACGGGGCUGCACUCAGUGACAUCAGCGCUGAGAUCACCAGCAGCCUCCAGCCAAUCACUGAAGCAAGGUAUCGUAGCAUUCUCAGAUUGAUUCGAGCCAAAGAAGAGGACAGUGGCAACUACACCAUCCGAGUGGAUAACGGGAACCAAUCACAGAGUUUCAACUUCACUCUGCAAGUAAAAGUUCCCGUGGCGAUCGUGGAUCUGAUGGAUUUGCAUCAUGGCUCGGCCACCGGACAGUCGGUGGUCUGUAUCGCAAGGGGCCUGCCCACCCCAGAGGUAGAGUGGUUCACCUGCAGCAACAUCAAACAGUGUGCUAAUGACUCCUCCCAGUGGAUCCCCCUACCUGUAAACUCCAGUGACAUCACAGUGGAGACGCACAUCAAUGAGGACAACAACCUGGAGAGCCAGGUGUUCUUCGCCAAGCUGGACUCCACGCUAUCCGUGCGCUGCCUGGCCCGGAAUGAGCUGGCGGCAGUCAGCAGGGAGGUCAAGCUGGUGUCAAAUGCCUUGCAGUCGGAGUUGACCGUCGCAGCUGCAGUUCUGGUUCUACUAGUCAUCGUCAUCAUCUCCCUCAUCAUCCUCGUCAUUAUCUGGAAGCAGAAGCCCCGGUAUGAGAUCCGAUGGCGGGUGAUUGAGUCCAUCAGUCCGGAUGGUCAUGAAUACAUCUAUGUGGACCCCAUGCAGCUCCCUUACGACUCCCGCUGGGAGUUCCCCCGUGAUGGACUGGUUCUGGGUCGUGUUCUGGGCUCUGGUGCAUUUGGGAAGGUGGUGGAGGGGACGGCGUAUGGCCUCAGCCGCUCCCAGCCUGUCAUGAAGGUCGCUGUGAAGAUGCUGAAGCCGACGGCACGCUCCAGUGAGAAACAGGCCCUCAUGUCUGAGCUGAAGAUAAUGACUCACCUGGGACCCCACCUGAACAUCGUCAACCUGCUGGGCGCAUGCACCAAGUCAGGGCCGAUCUACAUCAUCACAGAGUACUGUCUCCAUGGCGACCUGGUGAACUACCUGCACAAGAACAGGGAGAGCUUCCUGAGCCGACACCCAGAGAAAGCCAAGAAAGACCUGGACAUCUUCGGCCUGGACCCUGCAGACCAGAGCAGCCGCAGCUAUGUGAUCCUGUCGUUUGAGAGUAAGGGCGAUUACAUGGACAUGAAGCAGGCCGAUGCCACACAGUACGUCCCCAUGCUGGAGAUGAGUGAUGCUUCAAAGUACUCCCAUGUGCAUGACCUCAACUACGACCGGCCCCCCUCCCACAAGAACAAGACACUCAGCGGGAGCGAGGGGCGUGGCCUGCUGUCGGAUGAUGUCACAGAGGGGCUGAGCACCAUGGACCUGCUCAGCUUCACCUUCCAGGUGGCGCGUGGGAUGGACUUCCUGGCCUCCAAAAACUGUGUGCAUCGGGAUUUAGCUGCCAGGAACGUGCUGCUGUCCCAUGGAAAGAUCGUCAAAAUCUGCGACUUCGGCCUUGCACGGGACAUCAUGCAUGACAACAACUAUGUCUCUAAAGGCAGUACCUUCCUGCCUGUGAAGUGGAUGGCACCAGAGAGCAUCUUUGAUAACCUGUACACCUCCCUGAGCGAUGUCUGGUCCUAUGGAAUCCUGCUGUGGGAGAUCUUCUCACUUGGUGGAACUCCAUACCCAGGAAUGGUGGUGGACUCCAGCUUCUACAACAAGAUUAAGAGCGGCUAUAGGAUGGCCAGACCAGAACACGCUACCAGUGACGUGUAUGAGGUGAUGAUGCGGUGCUGGAACAGCGAGCCAGAGAAGAGGCCGUCCUUCCACAGUCUGAGUGAAACUGUGGCCUCUCUUCUGCCCUCUGAGUACAGAAAGAGCUAUGAGCGGGUAAACCAGGACUUCCUGAAGAGUGACCACCCAGCAGUGACGCGCGUGCGCGUGGAGGAUGAUGCGUACAUCGGCAUCGCGUAUAAGAACCAGGGCAAGGCCAAGGAGCGCGAGAGUGGGUUGGACGAGCAGCGGCUCAGCUCCGACAGCGGCUACAUCAUCCCUCUGCCUGACCUGGACCCCCUGGCCGAGGACCUGCACGGCAAGAGGAACCGCCACAGCUCUCAGACGUCGGAGGAGAGUGCGAUAGAGACGGGCUCCAGCAGCUCCACCCUGCUGCGCCGAGAGGCCGAGACUCUGGAGGACAUCCAGGUCCUGGACCAGCUGGAUGGGGAAGACCUGGUGGAGGACAGCUUCCUGUAGGAGAGAGAGAGAGUGAGAGACCCCACCCCCACCUACCCCCUCAGACCUUACC